AUGGCCGACGAGAUUCACAACCAGUCAAACACCGUAUUUAAUACCGCAACAGAGGAACGUCAUACUAUGACUAGCUCAGAAAACGUCGUUAGUUCGGAGGAAAACGCUCAUCAUGCCAACAUAACUAGCUCUAAUUCUACGGCAGAGUCGACUCUGGCAAGCCCCUCGCAGGUCAGCAUUGAUGGCCGAUGGGGGGAACAAGGCAAUGGAGACCCUGUGUCCCGUCAUGGCGCAAUGGAGGACUACGAAGAAAUGAAAAAGGAGCUCAGCCGCCUCAGCCUGCAGCGAACUCGCUCUCAGGCUUCUCGUCGCUCCCACCCCGCCAGUCGAUGGCGUUCGGCCAUAUCUCAGCGAAGUAAAGGCGCUAAAGAUGUCGAAAAAACCGAAGGGGGCGAGCUUGAAGAUGAGUUGGAGGAAAGCUUCGACCUCGGCGAAUUUUUAAUGGGCGGUACCCUGGAGCGGAGAACCACAGCAGGCGAGCCUGCCAAAAAGGUGGGCGUUGUUUUCAAGAACCUCAGUGUUUCAGGCAUUCAGGCUUCGGCGUCGUUCGCGAGGACGUUGCCUGAUGCGUUGAUUGGAACUUUUGGUCCGGAUUUGUACCGCAUAAUCCAGCAUUUCAUCCCAAAGCUUCGUUUUGGCAAACCGCCUGCUACUAGGACUCUGAUUAACGAUUUCAAUGGCGUUGUCCGCGAUGGAGAGAUGAUGUUGGUGCUAGGACGACCUGGCGCUGGCUGCACAACUUUUUUGAAAACCAUUGCCAAUGACCGUGGCAGCUAUGCCGCGGUCACUGGAGACGUCAGUUACGGAGGCAUUUCGGCCGAGGAGCAACACAAACACUUCAGAGGCGAGGCCAACUAUAACCCAGAGGACGAUCAGCAUCUUGCCACGCUUACAGUCUGGCAGACAUUGCAGUUUUCUCUCAUGAACAAGACAAAGAAGGGAGAGCGGGAUCGCGUGCCUAUCAUUCUUGAUGCGCUGUUGAAAAUGUUCGGCAUCAGCCAUACCAAAAACACUCAGGUCGGUAACGAGUAUGUUCGAGGUGUCUCAGGUGGUGAGCGAAAACGUGUCAGCAUAGCUGAGACUUUAGCAUCCAAGUCUACAGUUGCCUGCUGGGACAAUUCCACAAGAGGCCUUGAUGCCAGCACUGCUCUGGAUUACGCGAAAUCUCUGCGCAUUAUGACUGAUAUUAGCAGACGCACUACUUUCGUCACGCUUUACCAAGCCGGUGAAGGCAUCUACGAGCUCAUGGAUAAGGUAUUGGUCAUUGACGAAGGAAAAAUGCUCUUCCAAGGCCCAGCAUCCGAAGCUAAGGAGUAUUUCGUCAACCUUGGCUUCUACUGCCCGUCACAAUCGACAACGGCCGACUUCCUCACGUCACUCUGCGACCCCAAUUCCCGCCAGUUUCAGCCCGGUAAAGAGGCUUCCACACCCAAGACUGCCGAGGAGUUGGAAGCGAUCUUCCGAAGCAGCGACGCCUACAAACGCAUCCUUGAUGACGUAGCUCUGUAUGAGCGCGAAUUGGCCGAAAGUCAGUUAGCAGACACCAGGCGAUUCCAGCAGACUGUUGGAGAAUCGAAGAGUCGGACCGUUUCAAAGAGUUCCUCCUAUACGGUCUCCUUUCCUAAACAGGUGGCAGCGUGUGUGAAGCGAGAGGCGUGGCUGUUAUGGGGCGAUAAGACAUCCCUGUACACCAAGCUAUUCAUUAUCGUAUCGAAUGCUUUGAUUGUGAGCUCUUUGUUCUACGGUGAAUCUCUUGAUACAAGUGGCGCCUUCGCUCGAGGAGGUGUUCUUUUCUUCUCGGUAUUGUUCCUGGGCUGGGUACAGAUGACUGAAUUGAUGCCGGCUGUCUCUGGACGUAACAUCAUUCAGCGACAUAAAGACUACGCCUUUUACCGACCUUCAGCUGUAUCGAUAGCCCGAAUUGUCGUUGAUUUUCCAGUUCUAUUUGUGAUGGUCGUGAUUUUCGGUAUCAUAACAUACUUCUUGUCUGGUCUUGAUGUGGAUGUGUCCAAAUUUUGGAUUUACAUGCUUUUUGUCUACACGACUACUAUUUGUAUCACGUCGAUGUAUCGCAUGUUUGCAGCCCUGUCCCCGACAAUCGACGACGCUGUACGCUUCAGUGGUAUCGCCCUGAACCUGCUCUUGAUCUUCGUGGGCUAUGUGAUUCCAAAGCCUACUCUGAUCCACGAUUCGAUUUGGUUUGGCUGGCUGAUUUACAUCAAUCCCGUAUCGUAUGCCUACGAAGCGGUCCUCACCAACGAAUUUUCAAACCGUAAUAUGACUUGUGAUCCAUCUAUGCUUGUUCCGCGGGGCCCUGAUGCUGUGCCGGGCUAUCAGAGCUGCGCACUGACUGGCUCUUCGAUCGAUCAGACUGAGGUUUCGGGAGCUGCGUACCUAGAGACAUCCUUCGGCUUCACACGCAGUCACUUGUGGCGGAACUUUGGUGUCCUCAUUGCCUUUACAGUGCUCUACAUUCUGGUCACUGUCGUUGCGAACGAAAUAAUGACCUUUGCUCAAGGUGGAGGUGGUGCUCUUAUUUUCAAGAAGUCUCGUCGGUCGAAGAACUUGGCCGAAGCCGGGAAGAAGAACCAUGACGAAGAAGGUGCAAACACUGGCUCAUUGCCCGUCAACUCAUCUUCUGGGACUGAAGAUGAGAAGAUCAUGGGGGCCCUAUCCACCAGCGAUCGUGUUUUCACCUGGUCUAAUGUAGAAUACACUGUACCUUAUGGUAACGGCGAGAGGAAGCUUCUCAACAAGGUUAACGGAUACGCCAAACCUGGCAUUAUGAUUGCGUUGAUGGGUGCAUCCGGCGCUGGCAAGACGACUCUAUUGAAUACUCUCGCACAACGACAGAAGAUGGGAGUUAUCUCUGGUGAUAUGCUGGUUGAUGGACAGGUUCUAGGUGCCGAUUUCCAGCGCGGAACAGGUUUUUGUGAGCAGAUGGAUUUGCAUGACGGUACUGCAACAAUUCGUGAAGCUUUGGAAUUCUCCGCUGUUUUACGACAGGACAGAGCAACUCCUUACCAGGAGAAGAUUGAUUAUGUUAACCGCAUCAUCGACCUUCUUGAAUUGGAAGAUAUUCAAGAUGCGCUCAUUAGUUCCUUGGGUGUCGAACAGAAGAAGCGUGUCACUAUUGGCGUGGAGCUGGCAGCGAAACCAAGUCUUCUUCUGUUUUUGGAUGAGCCCACCAGCGGUCUUGACAGCCAGGCAGCAUUCUCGAUCGUCCGGUUUUUGAGGAAACUCGCGCAUGCCGGACAGGCAAUUGUAUGCACUAUUCACCAGCCUUCGUCCAUGCUGAUUCAGCAAUUUGACAUGAUUCUGGCUUUGAACCCCGGUGGCAAUACAUUCUAUUUCGGGCCUGUAGGUCAAGAUGGACGUGAUGUUGUCGAAUACUUCGCAGAUCGCGGCGUCGUCUGCCCGCCUUCCAAGAACGUGGCCGAAUUCAUUUUGGAGACUGCGGCUAAGCCCGUGGUAAGAAAUGGCAGGAAAAUUGACUGGAAUGAAGAAUGGCGGAAUUCAUCGCAAAACCAGAAAUUACUCAGUGAAAUCCAACGACUUGUUCAAGAACGGAGUCAGCAGCAGCCCAUUGCGGCCGAGGAAACCGCCAACGAGCAACCGACUGAAUUCGCUGCUCCCGUAACCACCCAGAUUUAUAUGCUUACCAAACGCGUUUUCCUCCAGUAUUGGCGAGACCCGUCUUAUUACUACGGCAAGAUCUUUGUCAGCGCCAUCAUUGGAAUUUUCAACGGAUUUACUUUCUGGAAAGUGGGAGAUAAUCUAUCUGAUCUACAGGACCGAAUGUUCUCGGUCUUCUUGAUCAUCCUGAUCCCUCCAAUUGUCUUGAAUAGUAUUGUCCCGAAGUUCUACAUCAACCGGGCCUUGUGGGAAGCGCGUGAAUACCCAAGUCGUAUCUAUGGAUGGAUUGCCUUCUGUACUGCGAAUGUGGUUUGCGAGAUUCCGAUGGCCAUAGUGACUUCCGUCAUCUACUUUGUUCUGUGGUAUUUUCCUGUCGGCUUGCCAACGGACUCCAGUACUGCCGGGUACGUGUUUUUGAUGACGAUGCUGUUCUUUCUGUUCCAGGCAAGUUGGGGCCAGUGGAUUUGCGCUUUUGCGCCGUCAUUUACUGUUAUCGCCAAUGUCUUGCCCUUUUUCUUCGUCAUGUGCAACUUGUUCAACGGUGUCGUUCGACCGUACAGCUCGUACCCCGUGUUUUGGAAAUACUGGAUGUACUACGUCAACCCAGUGACCUGGUGGAUCCGUGGCACACUCUCCAGCAUCCUACCAGCAGCACAGGUGAACUGCGCGCCCGAAGAAGCAACCUACUUCAACCCACCGGCGGGCGAAACCUGCCAAACAUACGCCGGAAACUUCGUCGACAACAUCGCGCGGAGCGGGUAUUUGGGCAACCCCGACGCAACUUCAGACUGCAGUUAUUGCACAUAUAAGAAUGGAACCGAGUACAUGCACACACUGAACGUGCAAGAUGACGACAAAUGGCAUUGCUUUGGCAUCUUUUUGGCCUUUGUUAUCAUCAAUUGGCUACUCGUUUAUUUUUUCAUUUAUACAGUGCGCAUCCGCGGCUGGUCGUUUGGCAUGGGCUAUAUUUUUGGAUUUAUUGGUAUGGUUAUUGGUGGUAUUAGUAAUGGUGUGAAAAAGUUGUUCUCGAGGAAGAGUGACGAGAACUAG